AAAUUAAUCNAAAAAAAACACCAUCAUUCGCAGCUCCGCCAAUGGCUUCCAACGACCGACAGAACCAAAAGUCAGUCAACCCGGCCCUCGAACCGGAUCUGGACUCCCCGGCUGAUCCGGGUCUGGAGCUGGCCCAAUUUGCAGCGGGCUGCUUUUGGAGCGUCGAGCUGGCCUUCCAGAGAGUCCAGGGCGUGGUGAAGACUGAGGUGGGCUACUCACAGGGCCAGGUCCAUGACCCGAAUUACAAACUGGUCUGCACCGGAUCCACUAAUCACGCUGAAGUUGUUCGGGUUCAUUUCGACCCGAAAGUUUGCCCAUACACCACUUUGCUGGACGUGUUUUGGGGAAAACAUGAUCCCACCACCCUCAAUCGCCAGGGAGGGGAUAUCGGGACACAAUACAGGUCAGGCAUAUAUUAUUACAACGAGACACAAGCUAAAUUAGCCCGAGAUUCGCUAGAAGCAAAGCAAAAGGAGAUGAAGGUAAAAAUCGUGACUGAAAUUCUACCGGCCAAGACAUUUUACCGGGCCGAAGAAUAUCACCAGCAGUACUUGGAGAAAGGCGGGCGUAAUGGCUCCAAGCAAUCGGCUGCUAAGGGCUGCAAUGACCCGAUCCGUUGCUACGGUUAGAAGUUUCGUAAAAUUACCUCAAGUUAAAAGUUUAUUUACGAUUGGCACCUUUGAAGGUUACUUAUUUAUUCGCUUUUGUGAUGUUUGAACUGGUAAUGCAUCGUAUUGUGAUGUGUUGUGCUUUGAGUUUGAGGCUGCAAGUGCUCAUUUUGUGUAGCUGAUUUAGACGAUUCUAGAAAUAUUGAUCAUGUUACGAUUAUCCACAUUUUCCGUGGUAAAUAAGAUGGAGCCAUUCGGUUGUGAGUGUCAUGUUUCUCUGUUGGUAAAUUCGCUGGGGAAUGAUCUGUUUUUGUUUGUGAGAGGUUCGAUCAGCAAUGCUCGUUCGGUUUCUUAGUUUAUGUUUUCAAAUCUUCGAAUAAUCUGAAUUAUGUGAUACACGUCUUGUUCUAUAUCAAUGCGAAAGUAUCUUUAAAUAUAAAGGGACA